CUAACUUUGUUAUCAUUAACUAAUAAUCAUUGACAUAUUUAACAAAAUGAUAAUUUACUUUAUUACUUUACAGGUAGAUACGUUGCAGUGAAUUAUUGGAAAGUGAACAAAGUAGUAAAGAUAAAGCAUUUAUUUGAUGUCAGUGAUGCUUUGUGUUCUUUGUAUACAGAACAUAAGUUUAUAACAAAAAAAAAAUAUUAAAUAAUUAUAAAUGCAAUCUGUAAAAUUAAAAAAAUCGUUCCUAAUUGGAUUUUAUCUAUUAACAUUAGAGGUUAUGCGCGGUUUAUGAAUUGAUGAAACGCGUUUGUAAACAAAUCUCAGAAUUGAAUAUUGUAUACAUUUUUUCUUCAGUAUUUAACAAAAAGAACAAUGGCACAUUCCGAAUUUCCAAAAACAUUAGAAGAAUUUGGCUAUGGCUUUAAUGAGAAUGGAAAACUUCGAAAACUUGACCCAGAAACGGGAGAUACAUCAAAUAAACCUUUUGAAUUUAAUGUUUCUGAUGAUUCAGACUACAAUCAAAAACAUUAUGAAGCUUUAGGUGAAGUUAUUAAUCAUUACGUGUAUAGUCUUUUGGAAAAAGAAGGAUUAAAAAGGUUGCCAGUUCCAAAGAACAGUAAAGAUUCUGAAGAAUUAAGGACAUUUGUCUUUGCAAGUGAUGAUUAUUUAGAAAAUGAAAAAUUAAUAGUUUUAAUUCACGGAAGUGGUGUUGUAAGAGCUGGACAAUGGGCUAGACGUUUAAUUAUUAAUGACAAUCUUAAUUCAGGCACACAAAUACCUUAUGUGAAGAAGGCCAGAGAAUUAGGAUACGCAGUGAUUGUCUUAAAUACAAAUGAUAAUCAUAGACUAGUGAAAGGAAAGCAGAAAGAAAUUAAAGAUAGUGAAAAUCCGGAAAAACAUAUGGAAACUGUUUGGAAAGAUUAUAUUAAACCUUCAAACGUUAAACAUAUUGCCAUUAUAGCUCACAGUUAUGGAGGUGUUUGUACGGUCAAAUUUGGUAUACGAAAUCCAGAAGAAGUUACAAACAGAAUUUUUGCCAUUGCUUUGACUGAUUCUGUUCAUGUGAUGCCUUCAAAAGGCGCUGACCACUUAAUAAAGAUUGCUAAAAAUUGGGUUUCUUCGGAAAAACCAUUGGAUACACCUGAACUAUCUUUAAGUGGAGAUAUUGUACGAGUUUCGUCAGGGCACAGUGUUCACGAAAUGACGUCAUGGUCUUGCAUAGAGUCACUUUUCAAUUAUUUAAAUGAUCAAUAUAAACAAGCGUCUAGUACUAGAAUGGAAUUAUAAUUAUUUACUAUAUAUAUAUAUAUGUAACUUAUUAUUAUCCUUUGAUAAAUGGAUAAUACGAUUUUUAUACACUUUUAGACGAUCAAUUUCUUUUCUAUUACUAUAUAGUAUAUACUUUUAAAUUAUUCACAUUUAAAUAUCUUCCAUAAACUGAAUUCAUUGAGAAUUUUCAACUUUCUUUUCUAAUUUAAAUAUAGAUAUACGUAUACGAAAAAUUGUUUUUCGAACAAUUUGUAUUUUAUUAAGAAAUUAGGAUUGAAUUGUGUGGUUUUUUAUAAAUUUUUGCACUUUGAAUAUAGAUUAUAUGUUUAAUCUUAUAUGUAUCACAUUUAUAUUUUUUAAUAAUAAACUAUUGUCACUGAUAGAUUUUAUA